GGGUGCCACGCCCAACAUGGCGGCUGUCUUGAACGAACUUACGACGAAUUUUUCUGUUUCCAAGUCGCCCGCAUACUUGAAGACGAGAUCAGUUUACGUGACGCGGGCGUUCAACCUGUGUGGUUAGGCAUCGGGCAUUGAUUGAUGUCCACCGUUGUGGAGAUAACUGAAAUGGAGGAUGAUGGCAGGAAAAAGAAGAGUUCUGGCUUUGUGUCGCCAAUCCGCAAAAUGUUCUCCAAGAGCGAGCGAGGCAGCGAUAAGAAACCGUCCAUCGUGAGACACCGACGCCCUCUCCAUGCGGUUGUCCUUGAGCCUCCUGAAUACCUCAUCGACCCAGAACUACUCGUAGAGGACUAUAUUGAAAAAGAAGUCAAGUACUUAGGAGCAAUACCCAAUGUACCUCAGGGUCUGGACCUGACCAACAGGACAGAAGUCUUAAGAAUAGUGGAUGAUGGGAAGAGAAGGGGUUUGUUACCCUGGACGUUACACAUAGAACACGAUGCCAUCAUGAGUCUAUCCGCCAACAACGUGAAGCUGCUGCGCCGAGACGGUGAGGACUUGUUACACAGAGUCCCCGUACACGACAUCGCUGCUGUCUGCUACGUACGGGAUGACGGGCUCAAUCUACUGGCCCUGAAAAUAGGUUCUGAUGGUGCUGAUAGUGAUGUCUGUAACAUAGUUGUUUUACAUGCUGAAAGUAGGGCAGCAUCUGAAGAGCUCUGCUCUCUGAUUGGUCAGACUUUCCAGCUGGUCUACACAGAGUCCACCAUGGCAUUUCUGGACCGGUCCAUUUUACAAGGGGCAUCCACUCCCAGAUAUGGCAUGUCCCUCAGAAGUACCACCUCCAGUCCAGCCAGACCGAGUGUAGCAGAGGUUUUUGCAUCUACGCCACCAAGACCGUCCAAUAAUAAUCAUUCUCCGACAAGAGAAGCUCGCUCAACGCCCCAGCACACACGAAAGGAAAGUGUAGCAAAAAGCGAGAGUGACAUCAGCAUCACCCCGUCUGCUCAGGAGCUCCUACAAGACUACAUGUCUCUUUUGAAGACAAGGUUGAAAACAGAAGAGUUGAAGCAGUUUGCUCUCCUGUUGAGACAGUACCGCACCAGUAUUAGUGUUCGGGAGUUCUGUAUCCGCCUGAAGGACUUGUACAGGGAAGAGAGGAAGUUCCUCAUGGCAGGUAUGAGGCCAUUUAUUCCGGAAAAAGAUAGUCAGUACUUUGAGAGUUUUCUGGAAUCUAUAGGAGUUGAUGGCAACGGAAUUCUCACAGACAGUUAUCGCCGAUACAGGCGGACUAUAAGCGAUGCCUCGGCAUCAACUUUUAGUGCAAACGGUGCCAACGGCAAUGGAAACGGGAACGGUCGGGACUCUGUGUCGAUUCCGUCCUCUGGGGGCGACGCCACGCCGGUUCCCCAGGAGACGGAGGAACUGGACAGAAUGUUGUCGGACAUCCAUAAUGACAUCGAGGCCUUGGCAACAAGUGUGGAAAACAUCAACAUGCAGUUUUAAGAGUCACUGUUUCCACUGGCUGGAAAGCAGUAUGUACUAUUUCUCUGCUUUCCGGCGUGGCCUGUGCUACUGGUCUCAGGCUGAUGUUUCAUACAGGUACUAGAUGGCAUGCCCUGGUAUCAUGCAGAUGUUUCACAUUUGAGCAUAAGUACUGUGUAUGGACCACCAUCUUAUACAUGGAUAUAACGUGUCCCUACCACUCCCUGCAACAUCAUCUGUUGCAUGCCUGCCUUUACAUGUACAUCAGUGGAAACUGGACACCAUGACAAUUAACAAUGGACCAGUAGAAAAAUCCCUGCAACAUCCAUCUCACAACAUAACUUCACUGGCUGGGCUCACCAAGGCAUCUCCAUAACUCAUCAGCAACUUCAACUGAAGAACAUCAAGACUGAAUGUUAUGGCUGCGAUGAAGACAUAUUGUAGUGCCAGAGACUUAAAACUUCUUUAAAAGUCAUUCAUUAGUCGUAACAAUGAUCAUUAAAUAUCAUCAGAUGUAAGACUGUUUGCUGUUUCAGUGCCAUCCGCUAACAUUGCAUUAUAGUCCUCUCAAGCUCUCAUACUAUCCUCGUAAUGGCUAACUAUUCAUACUUCGUCUUCUUGAUACGGAAAAAAAUUUUUCUGACUUUAUAAGGGGGUUGUAAAACCAUUCAACCCCUUUUGUUGAUUCCAAAUCUUUUAAGAGUUUUAGAGUUUCGAUGAAGUAAACCUCAAAACCUUGUUGGUAAAAUUCUAGAAAGACACCAAAUGCAAUGGUCUAGUACAUAUACAUGUAUUAGUCUUAGCAGUCAAAUACAAAAAUUAGUAGCUUAGCUCAAAUUCCUACAUGUAAACAACAAUGCAGUCUUGCAUAGUGCCAACUGUCUUGAAUCAAACAACUGUAACAGAACCUACCAUCUGUUUUUGAUAAUUGGAGACACCACAAAUGCUCCACAAACUACACGCUUCAACAUUUCAUUCAUCUGAUUCAACCUCCUCCUAGCUCUUUUUUUUACCCAUUGCAAAAAUAGAUUACACAUAAUUCUUUCAGCUUUCUUUCCUCCAUUUUCAAAUGUAGCAGCAAAACAAAAAAGAGCAAUGUAGUUCAUGUGGCAUUGAUGCUUUCAUCCUUUCCCUUGUACUUGGUGUUCACCGCCUCUAAGUGAGGGUGGAGUUGCUUGGGGAAUGAUGAGCAGGCCUGUAUGACUUGUCCAUGUACCAGGCAUCCUAUACACAACCACUAUGCACAUGUCUGCUGAAAUCACCCACAGCCGAUCCCCUCCCGGGACAGAGUUGUAUUUUCAUCAGGAGAGAAUAUCUAGUGCUGUCACAUAUUUUUGUGUAAAUGUAUUUAAGAUGUGUAAAUGUGUGUAUAAACAUUAGAGUGGCUAAAGCUGACCCAAGCAGAAAGUAAAAAUGAUGUUGCAAUCUUCUCUGCCGUUUCAACUUCUUCUCACUGUGAACUAAUAAUAAAAGUGAAGAAAUGUUUGAUUAUUAUAUAACAUUUUGUUUUCUUAGUCUGUUAUAAACAGAGGAAAAUAACUACCAGAUUUGUCUGAUCCAGGUCAUACUGUAACAAAAGUAGUUUGAAUAUAACAACUUUUGAUGAAAAAUAGUGUAGGAAAGAAGUAGAAUUUAAUUGUAGAUGUAGCAUAGUAGAUAUUUUGAAGUGAAUACUGCUUAUAAUGGUCCUUUAGGUCAUCGCAACUCUUAGUCAAUGAUUUUGAGUGACAUCCUAGUGUUCAGCUUCAUAAUGUGAAGUUAGAUUCUCUGUUAUACAACACAAAAUGUAUGUGUGAAGUAAUUCAUUUCCUUUCAACUUUGUCCCUAACAUGUCAGCUAUGCUAGCAAACAUUGCACACUGGGGCAGUUGUUGAAAAGAUGGAUAAUUGAUGUGAAUCUAUCCCAGUAACGAUUUUAAAGAAGUGUUGUCCCAUAGUUGUUAGCCUUAUUUUAGGUGACUCCCCGAAUUAUAUAAUUGAAGUGAUGUACAAAGCCCCUGCCCAUUUUUUCAAUACCGCAUUUUGAGGUAUCAAACAUGGGGUUUCUCUUAAUGAAACAUUUGAUCAAUUCUUACUUAUGAAGAAACAAUAGAUAAACAGCAGUCUUUCUAGACUUUACCUAGACGAACGCUUUUUAUCACAUCUUUUAAAUCAGCAUGGAAAGCUGUUACAAAUAUACAAACUGUACCGUGGUAAUAGUUGAUAUGACAUUAUUAUACAAAUUGUAACUGUAAUUCUUAUCUCAUAAAUAUUGUAGCACUAUGUGGAACAAAACAUUGCAAUGAUGGCAUUGUGCAAUCUUUCUCAUCUUAAGGAAAACCUGGUCUCUAUUUUACACAAAUGAGCAAAGGCUUCUUUAUGUUAUUAAUUCUAUGCCAAGCUGUUACAUGUGAACUUCUACAGGAAGAGUAAGUCGCAUGCCUUGUGCUUUUAUUUUAGUAGCAGCUCUUAUACAUUGUAAGGGUGAUUUUAAAUAUGCGCAUGGAGUUGUAGACAUGAUAGGCUGUACCAUCAGAUUACCAGCUGUAAACCUAUUAUUUUGUAAAGCAAUUGAAAAGUGUGCUUAAUUUUUCGUGUCAUCUGUCUGUCACCUCUUAUUUUAGUGUUAGGAACAACUAAACAAUACUGUGAAAAAUACAACCGGACAAAAUUGAUUAUUUUAUGAUUGAAGUCUAGUCAUUGCAUCAUGGCAGUAAGGUAUGUUUUAUAUCUAAACUAUCUGUUUGAAUGUUUGUUUGGAAGCAGUUGAAUGAAACAAUUACUGACUUUAUCCAUAACUUUGUUACAAAGAUAUUAUUCUCCAGCUUCAAGAAAUCUUUGUCCAUUGAGAUCUUCACAGAUGCAUAUUAAUCAACCACCCUGAUAAAGUAGCUAUUUGACACCAAAGUUGUAUUGGCAAUGGGGUGAGGCAGCAGGGAGAAGGUUAUUAGAUGUAUACAUUGUACAUUUAAGCAGCACUGUCAAAUGAUACUCCCAUGGUGUCCAUAACAACAUACAUUUGUCAUAUAUCAGAUACAGUACUAGUAGAUGACCAUGUUUCCUGGUAUCCAUUGUUUUAUAUUUUUAACGAAGCCAAAGCAAGGGUUUGAGAGGCACACUACAUGUACUUCAUGAGACCAGAUGCAUUUUCCCCUUGACACCCGUGCAAUACAUUUUAUGAUGUGGAAUCUUAAGAAUAGGAAGGUAGCAAUCUUACCUAAUUUGCUGGUACAGGCAAGAAACAGUGAUAUUUUUAAGUUCUUUGAUUUGUUGACCUCCAAGUUACACCAAUGAAGUCUGAUUGAAGUAAUGACCUUCUUAAGCCAGAAAAUAUAUACUAGUAACAUGCUUUCAGAUUUGGCUGUUGUGAUGUCAUUGUGAGACAUCCAAUCAGACUGAUGAUCCCUUUCAUUCAGAAUUAAGAAAGUAAAAAUGUAUAUGUACACUGGAACAUUCUGUGUUACUGCAUUGGGCGCCUAGCAUACUUCAGUAUACUGAUAUGAUACUUCAGUAGAGGUUGUAAAAUUUCUGUGCUUUUGCUUAAUUUGGAUAUUAGUAACAGACGCUGUAGACAAAUUAAUCUGAACCUUGAUUGUAAAAAAAAGCAUGUUCGACGGUGUACUAGGAGUUACUAUUGUUUCUAAAAAGCCAUAGUCAAAUUGAUUGUUGCAUUUCAUCAUGUAAUUUACUGGUGUUCUUAGUUGUAUAUUCUAGACUUAACAUGGUUUAAAAGUACAUGUAGUACACAAAGGAAUCAUUCAUGUACGUGUAUAAUACUGUACCACUAUUCUUUUAGCUUCCAUGUAAUGCUAGGACACAAUUUUAAGAGGUAUGGUUUUGAAAGUUUAGUUUACAUCAUGUGUAGAUGUGUUGGUUACAAAGAAAUGUUUUGUUUUUCUUAACUUACUUAUCCUGUUAUUGCUAGACUGUUUCCAAGGCCUACACAGGCUCUAGGUCCAACUUGCAUGCAAUUUAAGCCCCCCAGAGUUGUUUCUCAGUGCUGUGGUGAAAUUACUUAGAGGCAUGUUGGACCUGGUGUGGCCUGUGUGGGGCCUGGAAACAGUCUGGCAUCCAGGCUAGACCUGCAGCUGCUGCUUCUCUGGAAAAGGAGUGCCCUUCCUACGUACAUGAAGCUUUAAAAACAAAACAGGAGCCCACAUUUUAUUAGAACAAAAACAGUCCUAAGAGUCAUAUUACAGAGCUGUAGCACAACUUUUACUACUCCAUGCAGUGUUUUUCUUUUAUUUCUUUUUCCAUAUUCAAAUCCAAUUGCAAGAUUGGUUUGGUAUUCACUAUAUUUCCAAUUUUUAGAUGUCAAAGUUCAUUUUAUACUACCUUUAGUACUUCUUUCAAAGACACAGGGGAGACCAGAGUAGAGCAGCCCCCAUGAUGUACAUUAGCUGACAUUGUUAAUAUGUUGUAACAAGCAACUUUGUGACUUUUCAACCAGUUCUUUUGCUGCAUAUUUUUAUGGUGCAUUGUAUACAAGAUGUUAAAGUGUAAGCAGAGAGUGACAUUUGCAAUGGCAUACCUGUAGAUCAUGUAUGAUAUUUUUAGUUGAACUCCCCACGUAGGAAACUUUUCUGUGGGGAUGAUUUGGGUGAUGACUUUGGUUUGAUUUCAAUGAUAUUAAGAAUAGCAAAAAUCAUGUUAGCUUGGAUGAAUGUGUUUGGUUAAAGAUGCAGACUCUAAGAUUGUGAAGGGACAUACCACAAAUGAUCAUAUGUUGUGCAAAACCACACCGGUCAUUAGAGAACCACCAUUUCCCUCAAUCACGUAAAAUAUAAUUUUAGUAUGCUUCAAACCACCAAUUUGACAAGAAAGGUUGCAUCUUAUGAUGUCACAUUGAUGUUCACCAAAAAUGCAGAAAUGUCGUGUGACAUCAUUGCUGUAUGACAGUUGUAAGUCAUUAUUUUAGGUCAUGAACAUUUUGUAAUAAAACACAUAUUUUCCAUA